AGCUCGAGAGAAAUUUGAAUUUUAGUGGAGAAAGAUAAAGAAAGCCGAAAAAAAAAGAUAAAGAAAAUUUCGGAAUUUUCUGAAACCCAUGUAUAGAUAUGGCGAAUCGAGGCGGCGCAAACGGGAAAUUGGAGCGGAGGAAGACGAUGACGAUGAAUUGGGCGGGAUUAGGCGAAGUUGAAGACGACGACGACCACUUUUUCGAGACCUCUAGUCGUCUAUCCACCGUCGUGCCCGAGGAUUUAGCAUCAUCUUCGGACGAGGAAGGUGAGUUCGAUGAUUGCCGAAUCUCGUUUUCCUCUAAUGUAUCUUCCGUCCCUCGCGAUGCUCCUACGCCGGAUUAUGAUAUCUGGAUGGCGGCGCCGGGUUCAAUUACGGAGCGUCGCCGUCGGCUUCUUAACGGAAUGGGGCUUGAGUCGAAGAAGAGUAUGCUCGGAGCUAUCUCGAUCCAGCGCGUGAGUAAACCUACGGCGGCGGAUUGCGGAGGUGCUCGCAUUGUGGAUGGAGGCGUUGCGGAAGCGAAAGUCGAGGAGGGUAAUCAGAAUUCUCCGGUGGAUGAACGGAUUCAUCAAUCUCCACCGAUGUCAGUUUUGCUUGUGCGGUCGAGAUCUGAUUCUGAUAUCGAAGCGUCUUCAGCUGAGAAAAAGAGGAAAGAGGUUAUGUUAGGGAAAACGCCGAAAUCGCGGCUCACUAGAACCGCGUCAGCGAUUGGAGCUCCGUGUGCGCGAAUUUGUCCCUACUUCACCCAAACGCAAACCUCGCCGCCGGACGCACCAAACGGCCAGCCUCAAGGGCAACGCAGCGGCGUUUUGCUCUCUUCGGUAGUUUCAAAUACUCGGUUCAGUGCUUUUUUCCUGAUAAAGAAUCUCGACACCGGGAAAGAGUUCAUCGUGAAGGAGUACGGCGAGAAUGGAAUGUGGAAUCGACUCAGCGACCUGCAAACAGGUAAACAAUUGACGAUGGAAGAAUUUGAGAAAAGCGUUGGAUAUUCAUCUGUAGUUAAGGACCUUAUGCGACGAGAAAACGCGAAUUCCACGAUUGAUUUUAGGAAGUUCAAUUCGUAUGUGUCAAAGAGCUUGAGGGUAAGCAAGAAGAGAGGAGCUGCUUUGUUAAAGAACAUAAAAGAUGUUGCCCAUUCUAUGAGCUCCAAGGCUUCAGAGAAAGACAAGGAUUCAAAUGGUAGUGGUACCAGUAGUCCGAGAGCAGUGGACCAAAAGCAGGAGAAGAACAAUGACCAAACGAAUCAAUGGGUGAAGGUGAGACAUUCAGGGAAGUCUCAUAAAGAUCUAAGUGCUUUGCAUUUGUGUCAAGAGAUUCAAGCUCAUCAAGGAGCUAUUUGGACUAUGAAAUUCAGUCCAGACACACAUUUAUUAGCAAGUGCAGGGGAGGAUUGUGCAAUUCAUGUGUGGGAGGUUCAAGAAUGUGAAAUCAUGUCGAUGAAUGAAGGGAGCUUGACACCGAUUCAUCCUUCAAUCACCGCUUCCUCGGAUAAAUCACCUGCGGAAGGUGAUGAUGUGGAAGUGCCACCUGAGAAGAAGAAGAAAGGGAAAGCUUCAUCGACUAGAAAAGGAAAUCAUCAGAUCCCAGAUUAUGUCCAUGCGCCUGAGACUGUGUUCUCGUUAUCAGAUAAACCAAUAUGCUCUUUCACUGGCCACUUGGAUGAUGUUCUGGACUUAUCCUGGUCUCGGUCACAGCUACUGCUUUCAUCUUCCAAGGACAAGACCGUGCGGUUAUGGGAUAUCGAAACUCAAAGCUGUCUAAAACUGUUUGCCCACAAUGACUAUGUUACGUGCGUACAAUUUAAUCCACUGGAUGAAGAUUACUUCAUAAGUGGCUCCCUUGAUGCCAAGAUCCGCAUAUGGAACAUAUCAAACCGUCAAGUAGUGGAGUGGAAUGAUCUAAAAGAAAUGGUUACUGCGGUUUGUUACACUCCUGAUGGUCAGGCUGCAUUUGUUGGUUCACAUAAAGGGAAUUGUCGGCUUUACAGUGCAGAGGAUUGCAAGUUGGAACAAACAAACCAUAUUGAUCUGCAAAACAAAAAGAAAGCUCAAGCUAAAAAGAUCACAGCUUUCCAGUUUUCUCCGAUUAAUCCAACAGAAGUGCUUGUAACUUCUGCUGAUUCACGCAUCCGAAUUCUCGACGGUACUGAACUUGUUCAAAAAUUCAGAGGUUUCAAAAACACAUGCAGCCAAAUGACAGCAUCUUACACACUAGAUGCAAAACACAUUGUCUGCGCAAGCGAAGACUCACAUGUUUACGUGUGGAAACACGAGGAGCCACGACUAGGAAUCACCGGUAGAAAAACCAUCGCCAUGAGUACUUCUUACGAAACCUUCCCUUGCAAAGAUGUUUCCGUGGCAAUCCCCUGGCAUGGCGUCGUUAAAGGCGAACCACCACCCACACAAACCGCCCAAUCCAAAAAGCCCACUAAAAAACCCUCAGCUACUACACAAGAAAACGUAACCGCGGGUAAAAAAACCGGCCUCCCACCGUUGCCUAAGAAAAACAAUGACAACACUGCAGAUGGAGCAACAGAACAACAUCAAGAAGAUGAGCCCUCAAGACAGAUUCCGCAAAAUGAAACAGAGAACAAUACCGGAGAGUCAUUGAAGCCAGGGGAUUCGCCUUCUAUAUCGAUCUCAUCUCGAAUUUCUUCUUGGUCUUGGUUUGACAGUCAUGGAACGCAUUUGGUUCAACCAACGGCUUGGGGAAUGGUGAUCGUUACAGCCACCAUUGGUGGCCAAAUCCGUGCUUACCAGAAUUUCGGAUUGCCCCGCAGAGUUAGUCGCCAGAGCUCUCUCUUUUGACACAACCCCGCGCGCCAUUCUUGUACAUAUAUACAGUAUAUUUAUACAGUGUACAGCUCAUACGAAGUUCUUGUAUAGUCUAUUGUUGUAUACCUGAUUGUAUAGUCACAGAUCAAAGAAAGAAACUUGAUAUAAAAAGAUUUACGAGUUCUGGCCCCAAA